AGCUUAUCUGAGAAUAAAUCAGGAUCUCAAAGUAAUUCCGGAGUCAUAAUGCUAAAGUCUUUCAUCAAUGGAACGAUGAACAUCUCCGAUCCACCGCCAUUCUUUAAUGACACCAUGGAGGAAAUGCAAGAACUCCAAUUUUCUUUGAAAUGGGUGGUGACAUUGUCAUGUUUAUAUGCUACCACUACAGUAUUUUCUGUGUUUGGAAAUGUAAUGGUCAUUUUAGUUUUCUUUAAGGGUAGACAAUCAAAAACAGAUUUGCGACCAUACCUUGUGAAUUUGGCCGUCGCAGAUUUAAUCAUGGCAGUCUUUUGUAUGCCGUUUACAUUUGGUGAUGUUGUCUUUAGGUCAUGGAUAUUUUCUGAUCCCAUGUGCCCCAUUGUCAUUUUUAUGCAAACUUUAUCCGUUUCCGCAAGUGUUUUUAUUAAUGUUGCAAUUGGAAUUGACCGAUUAUUAGUUGUCUUGUAUCCAUUAAAAUGCAAACGAUCCAAAUCCCGCACUAAACUGGUUCUCAUCUUUAUUUGGCUCAUGUCUCUUAUUUUGGCUUGUAUGGUAGCACCUGUUGGAAAAGUGGAUAAUGACGAAGGAAGAUAUCAAUGCCAAGAAGUCUGGCCAAGUCAAAGGCACAACCAAAUCUUUACUAUUGUGAUAUUUAUUUUGACCUAUGCUUUACCUCUGUUGAUACUUACGAUUUCAUACUCAAUAGUGGGCAUUAUACUCUGGAAACGAACGUCCCCUGGAAAUAGUCAUCAUGUAAGGGACUUGAUGCAGCUGAGGGCAAAGGUCAAGGUUGUCAAGAUGCUGAUCGUGGUCGUUGCCAUGUUUGGAAUCUGCUGGAUGCCACUCCAUAUCUUAAAUGUCAUCUUAAACUUCCGGACUAAAUCAUCCAGCAGAGAGGGCGACACGAUGGCCGCCAUUUACAUUUCAGCUCACUGGUUAGCCAUGGCCAACAGUUUUGCCAACCCCAUCAUAUACAGCUUUACAAACUCCAUAUUUCGGAACGAUCUCGUUGCUCUCCUGUAUUCCUGCUUCCCCUGUUGUUGCUGCUGUCUACGGAGUUAUCUCCCCUACCGGAACCCAAGGUUCGGCCACGUGACAACACGCUAUGCCUGUGUUUCCAAGUCAUCUCCAUAUAAUUCCAAUCGUUCCUGGGCAGUGUCGUUUAGAUCAUAUCAAAAUAGCAGUCUGAGUUCACGGAGGACUCGGUUAAGCAGUUCACUCAGACAGACACGUCUCAGUAUUAAUUCCAGCAAAUCUACCCCAAGUCUUAGAAGCAGUAGGACUCUUUCAAAACGCAAUAAUAAUUUUAUGUAAUUGCUCUUCAUAUAUUCUGUUAUUAAAAAAAGGUCCAUGUAUAUAAAAAUAAAUUAUAAGACAUUGUUUAACAUGUGUUUAAAAGAAUUG